AUGAAGGGAGGAAUCCUUGAAGUAGUUCUGGUCAGUGCAAAAGGCAUUAGACACACAAAUUUUGUGGGAAAACCAGGUUAUUAUGUUAUAAUUCAGUGUGGCACCCAAACACACAGAAGCAAGAACUCACCAGGUGAAGGCAGGAAAGUCUUAUGGAAUGAAAAGUUUAUAUUUAAAUUUGCAUCUUCUGAGUUGCAAGAGUUGACUUAUCUGAAGUUAAGAAUCAUGGAUAAGGAAAUGUUUACCGAGGGUGGUUUUGUUGGUGAAACCUUAAUUCAUCUCGGAGGAAUACUGACCGAAGGAAAUAACAAAGGGUUCAUACAACUGAAACCAUCUCCAUACAAUGUGGUGCUUGAAGAUGAUAGCUAUAAAGGAGAGAUCAAAAUUGGCCUCAAAUUCAUUGCAAAUGUGGAACUGCAAACAGAGAUGAUAGAAUAUGAAGGGCAGGAGAAAAAACCACCACAGUCCAUCUAUAGAACCAUUUUGAAUUACUGCCAAAUCUCAUGGUGGAGGUUUUUCUUUUUCCACAAGAAAUCAGAUGAUAAACAGAUGAAUUUCUGCCAAAUCUGA